UGGAACUCGAGCGCGAGCAGGAGAGCGCGGCGCUGAUUGGACAGCAGAGCUGUAUAAAUUGCCGCAGUGCCGUAUUUCUCUCUUUCGUGGAGAUUUAGUCCAAACUUCAAUGCGGUCUGAACAAACUGCCCAGGGCCGUCAUACGAGAGAGCAGUCGCGCACAGGACCGUCUUAUUUACAAUGAAGGAGAGAAGAAUCAGCCAGCCUUUGGUAAUGCGUUGUAAACUGGUUUUAGUAGGAGACGUGCAGUGCGGGAAAACCGCAAUGUUGCAAGUCUUAGCCAAAGACUGUUAUCCUGAGACAUACGUCCCAACAGUGUUUGAGAACUACACAGCUGGACUGGAAUUAGAGGAGCAGCGCGUGGAGCUCAGUUUAUGGGACACGUCAGGUUCACCGUAUUAUGAUAAUGUCAGACCUCUCUGCUACAGUGAUGCAGAUGCUGUUCUGCUCUGCUUUGAUAUAAGUCGUCCUGAGACUGUCGAAAACUCUCUGAAAAAGUGGAAAGCCGAAAUCAUGGAUUUCUGCCCCAGUACUCGAAUAAUCCUAGUCGGCUGCAAGACAGACCUGAGAACAGAUGUUUGCACACUGAUGGAGCUGUCCAAUCAGAGACUGACGCCCAUCUCCCAUGAGCAGGGCACCUUGCUGGCGAAGCAGGUAGGAGCAGAGGUGUACCUGGAGUGCUCUGCAUUCACAUCGGAGAAGAGCAUCCACAGCGUGUUCCGCUCAGCGGCACUAACAUGCCUUAACAAACUGCAGCCUCCCAUAAAGCAAAGCCCCACUCGCCGGCUGUCCAAACGCCUCCUUCACUUGCCCAGCAAAGCGGAGCUCCUGACCUCCUCCUUCAGCAAGGAGAGAACCAAGAGCUGUUCCAUCAUGUGAGCUCCAUGUGCACCACUCCAAUUCCAGAAAAAAAAAACGUAUUUUUCGCUCUUCGAAAAGGUUGUUUGGGGGGGGAACACUCCCCCAAACAACAACACUCAUGUUGUUCUUCUUCCAUUCUGACACCCCACCUGCAAACACACUCAUCACAACGACAAAGAGCUGCUGCCAUUGUUUAAGGUUUUCGGCUGUUACACAUCCUCUUUACCAGCCUUUACAUGAACUGCAUUUUGUAUCAAUGAUCAAUCAAUCAGCCGAAGAAGGAAAUGUAGUGAAUACUGGACACUGUCGGAUAUUUUUAUGGGUAGUUAGCGUGGGAAUGUGGGUUGAGCUGUGAACGUAAUUUCAUAUUUAAAGGAAGAGGAUGUGUUACACAGUACGCACUUUAGUGAACAUGGAUGUGAUUGUUAAAUGGAAAGUGAGAGGAUGAUUGAAUACGGGUUGGCAUUAGUUACUGUUUCAAUACAGAAUUAUGCUUUGCUUGUAUUAGCUGGCACUGAUCUACAAUGUGAGAACUCAUGCAAGCAUGAGGGGAGGAGCCAAACAAGAUUUUAUGUCCUCCUGAAAAGGUGAACAGUGUUAUAAAUCUGCUAGAUGAAGCAUCCAAUCACAUUGGUACAUCCAGAUGUAUUGGACAUGCUGACACACUCUUUCACUCUCUCUCUCUAUCUCUACUGUAGUCCUUCAUGCGCUUUCUGCCCCUAGAGAACAGGUCAUAAAUCUCAGCCAAUGAGGAGAAGCCCAGCAUCGCCCGGGCCAUUUCUCAAUAUAGAGCAGGAGUUAUUGCCACAAAGACCCCUUCCAGAUGUUCCAACCAUUCUUUUUUAGAAAAUGAGAUCUUUCACUGAAGUAAUUUUAGAGAUGGACUGGAAAGGUCAUGGGGGAUUACUAAGGGACACUGCAGUCCACCAAAACUGAUCAAUGUUGCAUAAGCGAGAAGAUAAUUUGAAUGUUCCAGUUGACUUUCCUUUUACAGUAAUCUGCCACAACACCUAAUUCUCAAAAGGCCUGUAAAGAACUGAUUCUCU